AUGACCAUUGUGUCGCUGUUUCAAGUCUUAUUUGUCAAAAUGUCACGCCUACGCACUUUUUCCCCAAACUGCCACGCAGGCAAGUUCGCUGGGAGUAGUACCGAACUAGGUGUGGUGAUGUGUCAACAGCCUGAUGGUGCUCAAUACAUAAUGAGUGAGAGUAACAACGAUGUAAUAUGCCUUCUAUAUUACAAUGGGAGAAGAUAUUUUGAACCGAACGGUCAAGUGUUUGAAGGAGAUACGAAGAUCUUCUGCAUGAGUCCGGGUUGCAAAUAUACUGAGCUGAAGAAAAUAAUAUACAAGAAGUUGAGAUUACAACGAGGGUCUGCUUAUAAACUGGACGUGAAUGAACAUAGGAUCGAUGGUCGCCUCGAUGGGUCGCACAAGAUCGAUGGGACACAUUUGUAUGGAAAACACCGCGGAACACUAUUGAUAUCUACAGCUGUUGACGGUAACAAUUAUGUCCUGCCUGUUGCAUUUGCUGUUGUUAAUUGUGAGAAUAUUGACAACGGGUCCUGGUUUUUGGCGAUGUUACGAAUCCAUGUGACUCAGAAAGAGGGGAUAUAUCUUGUUACUGAUCGACAUGCUGGUAUAUUAACGGCCGUCAAUAAUGAACAUCUAGGGUGGCAACCCCCGAAAGCUUACCAUGUUUUUUGCCUGAGACAUGUGGCUAGUAAUUUCAAUCAUAAGUUCAAAAAUAUCCUGUUGAAGAAGCAGUUAAACAAGUUAGGAUAUACUACGUCGCGUUUGGAUUUUGAUGCUGGUUUGGAAAAUUUUAAAGAAUCAAGCCCACAAAUUGCAGCAUGGAUUGAUCGAAUUCCAAAGAAAAAAUGGAGUAUAUCGUACGAUGUUGAAGAAAGACGAUUUGGCCACAUGACUACAAACUUGUCGGAGUGUGUUAACAAGGUCCUUAAAGGUGCCAGAAACCUGCCCAUCACAUCUUUGGUGCGGUUCACAUACGCUCGGUUAAAUAAAUAUAUUUUGGCACACGGGCAGGAGGCUCAGGAAGAGAUGGACAAAGGUAAUCGUUACGCCAAAGUGUUCUGGGUUUCAUACCUUAAUAACCAACAAGAUGCUGCAAGACACUUUGUUACGUCGUAUGACAGACAAAAAACACGAUUUGAAGUUCAAGAUUCUUACAAUCAAAGAACUCAUAGAGGCGGAAAGAAGUGGUGGGUUUCGUUAGCUGAUCGGGUGUGUCAGUGUGGUGAGUUUACCUCUUUUAGGUACCCAUGUAGUCAUGUGAUUGCAGCAUGCAAAUCAGUAAACCAUGACCCCUUACAAUACAUUGAUCCUACAUAUGGUGCAUCAUAUUAG